UGUGGAUUGUAUAUAACGAAGCACUGCUGGAUGCCAAUUCAGUGCAACUCACAUCGCUGGCUGCCUCUAACACAAACAAACUAUUAUUAUUAUUAUUCUCUUAUACGUUCAACAUUCAAAAAUUACUACUAACAGAAACAAAAUCCACAAUUUUUGGAUUCAAAUUCCGAUAGUGUUGUUACGACGGGGAAAAGGGCUGUUUUUGCGUUUAUUCGCAAUUCAACAAGCCUCUUCUCUUCCCCUUCAUUUUCUACACCUUCUUUAAGGUGUAAAUUUCAAAAAUGGUUGCAACUGCUGCAGCAUCAUCGGUUUUUCUUGUUACUUCAUCAUCAUCUGACAUUGCUGGAAAACCCUCCAAAAAUGGCGGUAAUUCUGUUAGCCUCGGAGGAUUCAAAUCCAAACAAACCUCUAAUGGAAUAAACGUUAAGGCGAAUGCGUCCCCUUCCAAAACCAAUGGAACCGUGUUAGCUGCAACUACGGCUGCGAAGGUUGAAAAUGAUUCACCGUCACAACAAUAUCGCCAAAGGACAUUCAUCAAUCAGUUGCCUGAUUGGAGCAUGCUCCUUGCCGCCGUUACAACCAUUUUCCUUGCUGCGGAAAAGCAGUGGACCGAGCUUGAUUGGAAGCCGAGACGGCCUGAUAUGCUCGCUGACCCUUUCGGUAUAGGACAAAUUGUUCAGGAUGGUUUGGUGUUUCGCCAAAACUUUCCAAUUAGAUCAUAUGAAAUAGGGGCUGAUAAAACCGCGUCUAUAGAGACGGUAAUGAAUCAUUUGCAGGAAACUGCACUUAAUCAUGUUAAGACUAUUGGGCUUCUUGGUGAUGGUUUUGGUUCUACACCAGAAAUGUGCAAAAAGAAUCUGAUAUGGGUUGUAACUCGAAUGCAAGUUGUGGUUGAUCGUUACCCGAUGUGGGGUGAUGUUGUUCAAGUAGACACUUGGGUUUCUGCAUCCGGAAAGAAUGGUAUGCGUCGUGAUUGGCUUGUGCGUGAUAUCAAAACAGGUGAAAUCAUGACAAGAGCAACCAGUGUUUGGGUAAUGAUGAAUAAGCUGACAAGGAAGCUCUCUAAAAUUCCCGAAGAAGCCAAAGAAGAGAUAGAGCCUUAUUUUGUUAAUUCUGUUUCAGUUCUGAAUGAAGAUAACAGAAAACUAACGAAACUUGAUGAUACGGCUGAAUAUAUUCGUACUGGUUUAAGUCCGAGAUGGAAUGAUCUAGAUGUUAAUCAGCAUGUUAAUAAUGUGAAGUACAUUGGAUGGAUUCUGGAGAGUGCUCCACAGCCAAUUUUGGAGAGUCAUGAGCUGCAUUCAGUGUCUUUGGAGUACAGGAAGGAAUGUGGGAGGAACAGUGUACUUGAGUCUCUGACAGAUGUAACGGAUGCUGACAUUGGAAAUUUAGCAGACAGUGGAUUUGUCGAAUGCAAACACUUGCUUCGGCUGGAAGAUGGUGCGGAGAUUGUGAGGGCUCGGACCGAGUGGAGACCAAAACCUGUCAACAAUUUUGAUGUUUUGAAUCAGGUUCCAUCACCAUCACAGAGCAUCUAAAUGUUGAGUCACAGAACAUGAUUCCCCUUUUCUAUAUGCAGAUUGGAUUUCACCCUUUCUUGCUUUUGCGAGAUCAUUGUGUAUUAAAUGUUUACUAAUAUGUGUUAUUCCAACGGGUGAAAGAGGGAGAGGAUAGUGAAAUAUCAUUCUCAUUGUAAUUGUAAUUAGCUCCUACUCUUUUCUCCCUCUUCCAAUUCACAUAUGGCUAUGGUACUGCAAUGUGUCAAUGAUAUUAUUUAAUUGUUUCUUCAAAAUGGCUAAGCAUGUAUAUUAAAUUGGUUUCUGUCUUA